AUGGCAAGGUUCCCCCCUUCCAGACUCCCAGCAAAGGCACCGGGAGCAUCAGGUGCACCCACAGCGCCUUCCAGAACUGUUGAUUCAUCAGAAUCUGGAGAUGAUCGAUCUACCCAAGGAGGCGCUCAAGCAGACAGCAGCAAUGCUAGUAACACCCCUGCUCCUACCCAGCGACCAUCGUUGCGAGAUAUUUAUCAACCCGGGAGUCAGCAGUCCGUUGCCUCCUCUUCCCAAGGAUCGACCCGAAAGGUUGGAAAACUCGCACCUCCAGCAUGGAUGAAAGACGCAUCCGCUCGUAGCAUCCAGAGUGGCGAAGGAUCUUUUAGGCAAUCGUCCUCUAGAAGAUGGGGCCAGCCUCCACCUGGAUCGGGAUCUGGUUCAGGUUCCGAUUCCGAGAAGGAAAAUGACAAGGCAGAUUCGAAAAAGCCCAUUCCUAGUCUCCUUUCAGCACGAUCGGUAGACAGCGAAAGUAGUGGCGACAAAAAGCCUGCAGCAACGCCAGCACCAGCACCUACACCAGCACCAGAACCAAUAUCUGCUCCGGUUCCUGCCCCGGUUCCAGCUCCGGUUCCUGAUCCAGUUGCCGCCCCUGUUCCUGCCCCGGUUGCCGCCCCGGUUCCUGCUCCUGCCCCGGUUGCCGCCCCGGCUCCUGCUGCAGCUGACGCUCAGGCUGCCCAACCACCAAAACCUGCAAUCUCUUUGGAUUCCAUUCGUAGAUCGUCAGAAAACCUAAAGGAGUCCAAGUCAACGCCUCCGUGGAUGAAAAAGAAGGACGAAGGCGGAGAAAAGAAGACGCCUCCGUGGAUGAAAAACCUCAAGUCUAGAUCCAAGAGCCCCCCUCGUAAUCCAGUGGAAGAAGACAAGAAACCGGCAGCUGCUCCCGCACCUGCUCCAGUUCCUGCCCCCGUCCCCGUCGCUGCCCCAGCACCUACACCAGCACCAGAAUCGUCUUCUGAUGAACCAGAAAAACCCAAAGAUGAGCUCCCCAAAGCAGGAUCUGUGCACAAACUAGGUGGGUGGUUAAGUCAAAAUUUAAAGCCUCCAGGGGGAAAGCCUGGUCCAAAACCUGCCCCGUCUGAAGCUGGCAAUGCUGCAGACGGUCCCAAAAAGGAACUAACAAAGCCGUCGAGUGGAUCCGUCAAGCAGCUAGGAGGAAUACUCUCCCAACACUUUGAAAAGCAUGAAGCUAAAAAGGCAGCAGCAGAGACUGCCGCCAAAGAUGAAGCAUCAUCAAGAAGCUCGGACAAGACACCCAAAAUUGUCAACCAGGCGCCAGAGGGGGCACAACAACAAGAGCAAGAAGAAGAGGUCUUGGAAGAAGAAGUCUAUGAAGAAGAAGAAGUGGUCGAGGAAGAAGUAGUUGAAGAGGAGGUAGUGGAAAACUUGUCCCAGGUAGAUGAAGAAACCUAUGAAGAUGGUUCCUUGAUUGAAGAGUACGAAGAAGAAGAGGAGGUGACAGAAGAGGAAAUUGUUGAAGAAGAGUACAUUGAGGAAGUCACAGAAUCUGAUGGCAGUCCUUCAGCUCCUGUCCCUGCCCCUGCACCGGCUCCGGUCCCAAUGCCAAUGCAAGCUCCAGCUCCCGCACCAAUGCCGAUGCAAGCCCCGGCCCCAAUGCAAACUCCAGCUCCGGCCCCAGCACCAAUGCCAAUGCAAACUCCAGCUCCGGCCCCAGCCCCUAUCCCAGUUCAGACUUCAGCGGCUGUUGCUCCAGUGCCUGCUCCUGCUAAAGCACCAUCUCGUGGUCUCAACUCAUUCCUUGCACCAGCUCCUGCCCCAGUUCCUAAGCCUGGAUCUUUUACGAAUCGAAAUAAGCCCAGCAGGGCAAGCACGGUAUCCAAAGGGUCAUACGAUGACCCAAACUCAUUGGAUAAGCUUAGAGGCUGGCUUACCAGUUUUGAGAGUGGUGAAGUCUCGAGGGUUACUCCUAAGAAACCUGAUCGGCCCUUUCCUUUCGAGGUCUAUGACCUGUCAAAAGAGGUGGCGCGGGAAGAAACACCGGAACCUGAGCCCGAGCCUGUACUACCACAGCCUGCCAACAACGGGACACUUAGUGCUCAGGAGCAAAGCUCAAGAGCAUCCAUGGCACCAACCCCAGUCAUAGAUAACUCGCAGGCAGCCCGGGCAGCCACAUCGCAAGUCUCUUCCGUUGAUGACGCCGAUGAGUUUUUUGAAGAGGAAGUCAUAUCAGAUCAGCAGCACGUGGCUGAGAGCCAACCAUCCGCUGAAGGACCGACUCCAAUUGAGCCGGUUGCUCCAGUUGCAGUCUCAGCAGCUCAACCGACGAUGGUUGAGGAGGCCCAAGUCGCUGCGCCUGCCCCUGUCCCUGUUCCUGCGCCUAUUUAUCAAGAAGUGGAACCACAGGUGCAGAGUGCUGCAAUGUAUGAGGAACCGGUUGAUGAUGGAACUACACCUGAGCCUCAGGUUCUGCAGACUUUGGCUUUGACCCAGACAGGACCGGAUACUCAACCCCAAGAGAUCGCCACAUACGACGAAUCAGAGGUAGUUGAGGAAACUAUCGGAGACACGGAGGAAGAACUAGUUGAGAGCGUUGAAGAGAUGGAGGAGAUCGUUGAUGAUGGUAACCACGUACAUUCUAUGACGCCGACAAUGAUGUAUCCAGAAGAUGAAGUAGACGUUGAAGUUGUAGAAGAAGAAAUCAUCGAAUCCCAAACGGUUCAGAGCGUAGCUACUGACAGUGCCGCCAUUGUUGCCAUGAAACAGCCGAUGCAAGAACCAACGGGUGACAUUGAGACUGGUCAACCGCCAGUGGAGGAGGAGGAGGAAGAAGACGCCCACCGUUCGGACAAAAUGAAGGAUCCGGUGGAAGAAGAACAACGAAAGAAGGACGCUGUGUUCACAUACGGUUGCACUUUUGCAUUGUGCGUGAUUCUAUUGCUAUGUAUCCUUGCGGUACUAAUCUGGGGAUCGGAAACCAUUCCGAAUCCUUUUAACGGCGACACAGAUGAAAACAAGGACCAAGUACCGGAUCAGUUUGUGGGCGACCUCCCAACGACUCCACUUGAUCCCUACGAGCCAGGACCCAAUGAGUGCGAUUUCACUGGCCAAACACAGCCCCACGUCAUUUCUCAAUGCAGCUGCAAUGGGGAGGUGAUCACACUAUCUGAUGAUGCAAUGGUCAAGUACGACGCGCUGGUGACCGAUUUCGUGCCCACUGUCUUUUCCAAUUGGACAGAAACUCCGGAAUCAUGUGAGCCUGCAAACCAGGCACUAGUCUGGCUCUCCACUAGCAGUGCAAGCAAUGAAACUGAUCUGCUUCAGCGAUAUCUGCUCUCGUUUUUAUUUUUCUCCACCACUGGCCCUCAAUGGGAUACACGGACUAACUGGCUUGAAGAUGUGGAUGUUUGUGAAUGGUAUGGAUUGUUUUGCGGAGAUGGCGCAAUGCUCAAGUCAAUCGAGCUUGACAGCAAUAGCCUUUUGGGACAGGUUCCUGGAGAAAUCAGCAUGAUGACUGGUCUUGAAACUCUCGUGUUCAGCGAUAACUUUCUCAGCGGAACUCUGCCAAAUGAGUUCUUCACAGUCCCUGGUUUGAAACUGGCAAGCUUCUCAUCGAACAGGCUGUAUGGGUCUCUGCCUCCAGAAUUGAACCAGGCUACGAGCUUGGAGGUGCUGGAAAUGAACGGCAACCAACUUGAUGGAACAAUUGCGUCAGAGAUUGGUUCAGCAACACUUUUGCGAGAAUUGAACCUUGCAGACAACAUCUUUGUCGGUGAGCUGCCUUCCGAAUUCUUUGGUUUGACCAACUUAGUAACUCUGAAGCUGGAAGGGAACAGGGGCCUGGAAGGUCGCAUCCCGUCAGAGUUUGGGACCUUCACUGAUCUGCGUCAGCUCUCUGUUUCAAGUACCAACAUGCGUGCUAGAAUCCCCAGCGAGUAUCGAUUUCUAACCAACCUUGAAGACCUUCAAAUUGCGAACACUCAGGUUGGCGGUGCACUGCCGCCAUCGUUGGGUGAAUUGACUCAACUCACACACCUUGAUCUGAGCGGCAGCAGGUUCCGGCAAGAACUCCCAAUCGAGAUUGGUGACUUCAUGGAACUGAGGUACUUGGCUUUAAACGACAACGAUUUCGAAGGCACUGUGCCGCCUCAGGUGGGCAAUCUCACUCAAGUGCACACGCUCCUUUUGGAUGGAAACCUGUUCUCUGGAGAAAUCCCUCUAGAACUAAGUUUCAUGACCCGGCUAGAAACGUUGACUUUGGAAGACAAUUUUCUGACUGGAAGAGCCCCCAGGGAUCUCUGCGAGCUGCGUGAGCUAGAACUUGAGACCUUCACGACGGAUUGUCCUUCGAGGACUAAUGGUGUCGUUUGUGGCAUUCCAACCUGCUGUUCAAGCUGUCGUAUCAUACCAUUUGACGAGUAA